AUGGCAACAACCACCACCCACCACCAUCACCACCACCGUCGGAGACCAAACUCCACCAUCAACCCCAUCGAUUACGGUGGCGAUAGUGGCCUCGAGAUCAACAAAUCCGAUGUCCGGAACAAAAACGACGACGAUGAUAAUGAUAACGACGACCACCGCAAAAAGCCCACCUCGGUGGAAUCGUCAACAAAGUCGCGACAUCAAAAAGAAUUGGUCGGGAAGUCGUUGCCGGUCGACAUACCGGACUGGUCGAAGAUAUCGAGGAUGGAUGGAUGCAUUUACAAGCAUCAUGAUGAUGGUUAUGAUGAUGAUGGUGAUGAUGAUGAUGAUGAAUGGUUGCCUCCUCAUGAGUAUUUAGCAAGAACUAGAAUGGCUUCAUUGUCUGUGCAUGAAGGUAUUGGAAGAACACUUAAAGGAAGAGAUUUGAGUAGGGUUAGAAAUGCUAUAUGGAAGCAAACUGGUUUUGAACAAGAUUAAUUACUCAUACAGUUUUUUGAUAUGACUUGUUUUUGAGGAUUAUAUCAGUAAAAAUAUUAUUAAAUGGUGUUUUAAGACAUGUAUUUAGACAAUUCAACCUUAAAAUCUGUGUACCGAUCAUUUUUGUUUUUAAAAAUAAUGUACAAUUAGGGUUGAGAAUCAUAUAAUAAGCGAUUGUAUU